CUAUAUAAAAGGCCGUAAAAAGGGUGAAAAACAAAAACCAGUGGAGAGACAGAAAUGGAUCCUUCUAAGCUAUAGUUGUAUCUCUGAAUUUUGCUGUUUAGAUUGGUUCCGAUGCUCUGUAACUUGUGGUUUACUCGAAGUUGGUGAGCUCAUCAGAGACGAGUAAGGGAGAAUUUGGGAGCUGUCUCUGGGUGGGUUUGAGAAGAAAAGAGACGCGAGGAAAUGUGGGGAUUAGGAGGGAGAUAUUACUGGGGGAGAAGAGAAAAGAAAAGGGAAGGGAUAGUGGUGGUAUUUGCUUGGAUGUCUAGCCAAGAGAAGCAUGUGAAGAGCUACGUAGAUCUCUACUCGUCGCUUGGCUGGGAUUCUCUUGUUUGUCACGCCCAAUUCCUCAAUAUGUUCUUUCCCGAGAAGGCUGAAGCUUUAGCAUUUGAUAUUUUCAACAUACUUGUUGAGGAGCUAAAAAUGAAGGCAUGUCCUCUGGUCCUUGCAUCCUUUUCUGGAGGUCCAAAAGCCUGUAUGUACAAGGUUCUUCAGAUUAUUGAGGGAAAAUGUGAAUUUCAACUGAAUUUGGAUGACUGCCGACUGAUUAGGGACUGUAUUUCGGGCUAUAUCUAUGAUUCUAGUCCAGUGGAUUUUACAAGUGAUCUGGGGAGACGAUUUCUUGUUCACCCAUCUGUUCUUAAAAUCUCCCAUACACCAAGUGUAUUGUCAUGGAUGGCAAAUGUCAUUAGUGAUGGUUUUGAUGCAGUCUUCCUCAACAGGUUUGAAUCACAGCGAGCUGAGUAUUGGCAGACGCUGUACUCUUCUGUUAGCAUGGGGGCUCCUUAUCUUAUUUUGUGUUCAGAAAGUGAUGAGCUUGCUUCAUAUCAAGUUAUUUGCAAUUUCACUCAAAGACUUCAAGAGCUUGGGGGUGAUAUAAAGCUUGUGACAAUGAGUGGCUCUCCUCACGUAGGUCACUAUCGGGUUUAUCCAAUUGACUACAGGGUUGCAGUGACUGAGCUCCUUGGCAAGGCUACUGCAGUAUAUUCCCAAAGAAUUCAACACCUUGAAGGAGAAAGAAUGGGUGUAGAGGGCACACAUGAUGAGAUUUCUGAACCAAUUGGUGACCUUCGGAAAGCAGCUACCAGUCCAAACCAAAGCUUUUGGGGAGUUACUAUCCAACCAAGUGACCAUUUCUUCACACCAAGCUCAGUGGGGUAUUAUGAGGGUAGAGAUGUUGGUUCUCUGCAAGAUGAACAAAAGGAAGGUGUGAUUCAUUUGCAUAGCUCACCAAGUACUAAUGCACAUGGAGUUCUUGGUCAAUUCCUUUUCGAUGUCUGCGUUCCAAAGAACGUUGAAGAUUGGGAUAUAAGGUCAUCAACAUCGUCGAGUAAUCGACCAUAUACUUCUAGUCGGAGGCAUGCUUCGUUUAAUCCCAUCAAAUGCAUACGUCGUUCAAGAUUGUAAGAUCUCUCACUACUAUCAAAUGAAGGCAGAUAAAUAUGUGAAUAUGCGGGUUUCUAUUUGAUUUGAAGACUUGGCUUGGAAGAUAUGAGAGAGGAAAUUACUUGUUCAAAGCUAACAUGAAAUUCCUGUAAUAUUAAACAUGGUAGACAAAGGAGCUUGAGAUAUGAAAUUUGUAAUAACUGUUGUUUGGUAGGACAAUAAGGAUAUCGUUGCUGUACAGUGACUUUAGGGGGGGCUUUCGCUUGAUAUGAAGUAUGUCAGAGAUCCUUGCUGAGAGUAACAAGAACAUAUGAAAUGUGGAUACCUUUAACUGGGAGAAUCGGGAAUCCUUGGAAAAUUUAAAUGUAAGAUAUAAGUAGUGUUGAGUUUAUUUCGAGGAAGGAUUUUUAAUAAAUGUAUGAUAUUUUAGAACUAAAAGUUCUAAAAUUUUUAAAAA